GAUUUGGCAGCAUGGCGUGGCGAUGUGGCACCAGUGUGUACGAGACGUAAACACACCGUCUUCCUGGUCUGCUCCGUCUUGUCCUCACUCGCCGCUAACACAUAGGAAAGGGAGUCAGGAUGAGUCGUGACAGGCUGAAAGAACUUCGAGAACUCAGCAAGCGGCAAAGCUUUUAUGACGACGAUGUGGUCACCAUCACCUAUGAUGACAAUAAUGAUCAGAAGGCUCUACUGGAACUUCUGGAUAAGAUUGGACCUCUGUACACAAAACUGAAAGAAAUGACGGAAGCUGUGCACGAACUGCGGUCAAUGGUACACGAGCAUGACAACCGCCAUAAAGUAGAUGACAAGAUCAAUAAGAUCAAAGUUCAGGCUAGAAGACUACGGGCUUCUUUAGAAGAGAUAAGAAAUAAAAGUGAGAAGAGCACUGGAGUUGUGCAACAUGUGGCAAGGACACAUCAUUUGUCACUGGUCGUCCACUUGUCUCUGGUGAUGCAAGAGCUGUCGAUAAUGCAGGCAGACACCCACGAUCGUCACGCUCAGUACGUCAGAAAAGAACUUAUUAUAACAGGUCAAGUGGGACUCGAUGAAGCCGAACUUGAAAAUUUAUUGGAAGAAACCACAGAGAUAUUUACGCAGAAUCUUAUCCAAGAAACUCAAGUAGCACGACAGCAACUUAGUGAUCUUCAGGAGAGACAUGACGCUUUCAUCAAGUUGGAGAAAUCUCUUAUCGAGUUAAAUAGUUUGUUUGUGGAAGUAUUAGUUUUAGUGCAGGAACAAGGAGUGCAAAUUGAUAGAAUAGAAAACAACAUAUUUGAAGCUCAGGCUAAGACAGAGAAGGCUAAAGUAGAACUGAGUUCUGCUCUUCAAAAUCAGAAAAAAUCGCGCAAGAAGAAGUUCAUCAUUGGCAUCGUCGUGUCGGUGAUCCUUCUCAUCAUCCUCCUCGUCAUAAUAUUCUCU